AGCGCCGGCUACUCACGUUAAACAAAAACAAAGAAAAAUUAUCCUUUAGUUUCUGUAAAAUAAUUUCGCACGUUGCGUGUUUUCGGCUAAAAAUGUCAAGUACCAAAAACAGUACGCGUUCAUGUUAUUUCCGAAGGAAACGAUAAACAAUAGCUUAGUCUAGUACGCUCCAGGAAGAUAACAAUGGAAAUGUUAUUUUAUUUACCUGAAGACAGACAUCUACACCGAAAAUAAUCGUGUUAAAGUGCAUUGGCCGGAAGCUGUCAAUUAAACAUCAACUUUUGCCGCAAUUCUGUCAAAAUAUUUCGUAAUUUCCAUCGUUCCAGUUCGUUUUUCGGAAAGAGUGGAUGCGAACAAAUCGACAGUACGAUCCCGUCAUUACGACAAGAAAAUUUACAUUGAGUCUUAGGGAGAUGUCAAAGCGAAAAUCCGUGGAAAAUCAAAUGAGUGGGAAAAGAGGAAAAAUAACAAGUUUCCUUAUUCCCAAGGAACCAAGAGAAAUCGGUAAGUAUAUUAAAAGGAGGUUUAAGUCCUCAUACAUUACCAUGUGCCAUCCGAUCAGCUGUUCGGUCGCGCAAUGUUAAACUUGUAGGUUCGUUCGAGAUAACUUCAUCCCGAGGUGGUUUGCAAGCAUGUGAAAACUCUUAUAGGUUAAGAAACACAAUAUAUUACAAAAACCAAGGUAGAUAUUCACGAGUUUACAUUUCCUUCCUUGUCGGUAAAGAGUAAGCACACGUGCACACGACCAAGAAAUGGCGGCCAUGUUGAAAGUCGGGCCCAGUCUCUUCGCAUCUACAGAGUUUUGGUUUUCGCGCCUGACGAAAGAAUUCAAGUUAAUCAAGUAAAAUUAAAAAGAAGGAGAAUCAAAAACUUCGAUUUGAAAGCUUUCAAUUUUGAAACAAAUUUAAUUUUUGUAAAAUAGAGUUAAAAAAUAAACGUCAUCUGUUUUUCCCCACUCUAAAUCAUUCCAUUUUAGCUUCAUCUAGUACUCAGCAGCUCUCUCUUGAAAAUGCAACUACCUCUGAACAGCAAUGCAUACAAAGUUCCUGCAGUGCUGGCGGAGAGCAAAGGCCAAGUUCUCUUGAAGAAAGCACAAAUCUAAUGCCGGACAUGUUACCAACUCCAGAAGCAAUCUCUCUGUUAGAAGAGUAUUUUUCAGAUGCGAUGGAAAAGAAGCAGCUUCAUAGCUUCUACACCUGUUGUGGCAAAUGCUCAGACGUAUCUGAAGUUGAAAGAGCCAGAAUUCAAAGCCAGAAAAAAACAACAGAAGGGAAAAAGAAAGGAGUGGACAUGUUCAAACACUCAUGGCUCACUGACAGAAAAACUUCAUUCUGCGACAAAACAGGCAUGUGGUGGUUGGUGUACUGUGAAGGGGAAGGGAUGUUCUGCCUACUGUGCCGUGUUCAUAACACCAAAAACAAGUAUAACAAACAGAACAUAUUCAACUUAGCACCAUCCACCAACUACAAGCAUAGUGCUGUUAGUGACCAUGCAAGAGCCAGUGGACAUACGUCGACAGUAAUCUGUGAGUUGGAGAGAAGGAAUUCAUCCUUGGCUAACCAGUAUAAAGUGGCUCACGAGGUGGCUGAUAAAGUAACCUACAACGCAUUCCUGAGCUCUUAUUGGCUUGGAAAAGAAGAAGUGGCUAACAAGAAACUUCUCUCCCUGAUUGAUUUGGAAAAGCACAUUGGUGUCACGGAAAUGCGAGAAUUCAAAAAUACAAGUGAACGAAGUCAGCGGGAGAUGCGCCUCCUCCUUGGUCAGCUUAUCAAGGAGAAACUGAUUCAAGGGUCAAGGAUGCCAAGUGGUUUAGUAUCUUAGUUGACGAGGUGACGGAUUGUGCUACCCUAGAGCAGCUGUUGAUCUAUGUUGGUUAUGUUGAUGAGGAAGGGAAGACACAUUUUGAUUUUCUUGAGGUGAAAGAUGUUCUUGAGACAUCAGAAUCCGCAGAUUCUGAGACUCUCACAAGGAUCAUCACUGAGGAGCUGAAGGCCUGUGGUCUAAACCUUGCUUUAGUUUGUGGUUUUGGCUCAGAUGGUGCUAGUGUCAUAACUGGCAAAAAUAAUGGUGUUGGUGCCAGGCUUCAAAAGGUAAGUAGCAUCAUGGUGCGCAGUCACUGCAUUAAUCACAGGCUUGCCUUGGCAUGCAGUGAUGCUAAUGACACUGUGAAGUAUAUCCAGACCAUUGAAGUUACCCUUCGUCAGUUGUGGAAGUGGCUGGAGUAUCCAAAACGUUGCUCAGCAUUUGUGAAGGUCUGUGUGUCACUUCAGAAAAUAAAGCUGGCUAAUGCUAAUGAUGACCCUGCAAAACAGAAAAAACUGUCCAAGUCUCUGGCAGUCAAGAUACAGAAAGCUUGCAGGACGCGGUGGCUUUCAACUGGCCAAAGUGUAUCAAGCGUCUGCCGAAAUCUUGUUGCCCUGAUGCAGACAUUGAGGCAGUUUAAGGAAGCUGAUGCUACAGCUCAAGGUCUUCUCCAGAGAAUGAACAACACCAAGUUUGUUGGCACGAUGCUUCUAUUGAAUGCAGUUCUACCUCAUCUUAAUACCCUUAGCAAGCUGUUCCAAAAAGAUCACACAUGCUACACCUCCAUCAGACCUGCACUUGAUAGCACCAAAUCCAGAAUUUCUGAAAUCCGGUCCUCUUUUGACCUUGUUCCAGAGUUGCAAACAGCCAUUCAACCAGGUGGAGACUAUGCUUCUUUGGAACUGGAGCUUAAAGAUGAUGGCCAGGUAGAGGCAUUCCUGAAAAAUCUAGUAAUAAACUACACCACUGCCCUCGAGAGGAACCUAGAUAGAAGAUUUCAAGAGGCUGCACCCGUUCUUGAAGCAUUUUCCAUCUUCGAUCCGACCUGCCUCCCAAAGCCAGAAGAUCCAGCCUUCAAGAAGUAUGGUGUGGAUGAAGUAAACGUGCUGUGCAAGCAGUUCCAGUUUGACAAAGAUCACACACUUGCGCAGUGGUACAACUUCAAGUACCUGAUGUCAUCAUGGAAGGUACCCUCUGCUGUUCUCAGGGGAAAAGAUGACCUCUCUCCAACUGAGUUCAUUUUAAGAAAAGUCGUUAAAGAGCAGGUGGCUCACAGAAUCAACUUCCCACAAAUUGUGGAUGCGGCUCAGAUUUGCCUCACCCAGCCCAUGUCCAAUGCAGUUGUAGAACGGGGUGCAAGUGCAGUAAAGAGGGUAAAGAGCAGGUUGAGAAGUCGACUCAAGAAUGACAUGAUGGCCAGCCUGCUCCACAUUUCUCUAAAUGGUCCCGAUCAUGGUGACGAAGAGUGCAAGGAGAUGCUUGUAGAAGCAACCAAAGUCUGGAGAAAGACGCACUUCAGAAAUCUACCAUCACUAAAGAAGCUCCCAAUGGUUGGAUAAUCAGACCAUGAAGGCAGUCUUUACCAUCCAGCCACAAAGACUGAUAUUGGAGUACAGGUCGAAUUUCCAGAUGACCUUCAGGCCUCUAGAUCAGCCCAGGAAGACAACGAAGUAUCUGUGGAAACUGAACUUGAUGCUAACGUCCAGGUUGUAGCUCAGGCAGUUGCCAGCAAUACUGAUUUGUGUCAUGACGCACUGGAUGCCAUGGAUAUGGGAGAUGUUGAAUCUGGCGUUGAUUCAGACUUUGAGUUUGAUAUGGAAGAUGAUUAGUUAUCUCAAAACUUUAUCAACUUAACUUAUGUAAAUCGAGUUUCACUUUGAAUUCACUGAGAGAAGUAAAAGGAUAAAUGCUGUGAACUAAUAAGGAAUGAUUGUAUUGGUAUUGGGAGACAAAUAAGUGAAAUAAAUAAUUUCUUUUAUCACUA